GUUGCGGCGGUGUGGUGGGGGCCACGGGGGUCCAGGCAUGGAGAGGGCGCAGUUCCGCGCCAUCCUCCGUAUCGUUGACACGUCCUACGAAAAGAGUGCGGAGUCGGUUGAUACGUUUUGCCCUAUCGCGACUCAACCCCUUUCGCCCUUCUUUCAAAUAAAUAAACUUUCAAUCGGUGCCUGUGAGUUGGAAGACCGCGUCCAAUCGACACGGUCACUGGACACGAUCGUUGUUAUUUAAACUAAUAAUCGUUUGCGAGAGUUCUCGAGGCGAUCUGGUCGUUCCAUUUCACUUUUGAUCCAGGAGACGCUUCGUUUUGUUUUGAAUUUCACGUGUGCAUCGAACAUUGCGCGCGUGUAGAGCGACCGCCAGGUCGCGCUCACUUUUAAAACAAUCCGCCGCUUUCGACUUCGCGACGCGGUUGAUCGAGCAUCGACCUUCGAUCGUUCCCGUUCGACUGGUUCCCUGUGCCGUCGCGCACAGAAGUGAAUUGGUGUGUUUCGUGCAGGCCCGUGACAUUCUUCGUCUCGAUCAGUGAACAUUUCAAACGAAGGAACGAUGCUGUCGGCGAGCUGUCUGUUUAUCGCGAUCCUCGUGAUCGCCGAUGCGACUGGUACCACCGCCACUCAAACCAUGGACGCCAAGAUCCGUGAUGACUCCGACUUGUCUCAGUUUUACCAACUGUUGGAGGCUAGUCACGUGGCGAACACCACCCUGACGUACCGUCACGUGACCUUAUUCGCGCCCACAAACCGAGCUUUCCAGAAGUACAAUGGAACAACGAAGAACCUGUUACUCUACCACAUGUCAAACUUCCCGAAAACGAUCGAGAAUCUUGGGGAUUCAAUCUCGUCGGAACUCGACGGUAAUCCUCCGUUAUGGGUCACCAGGCGGCCAAGCACGCACGGCGAAGACGUUUAUAUAAAUAACGCGAAGAUUCUCACGGAGCAGAGCAAUUUCCAGUCGAAGGUUACAGUUGGAGGCGACGUGAAGACACAGGUUCUGCACAUAAUAAACGAAGUUCUGGAGCCAGUUCGCCCGAAUUCCGCGGAAAUACCGAUUUACAGCCCAAACGCCUUCGAAUUCCUGAACCAAAGUGAAAACCUCGAUUUGGGUUCACACCGAGUUCGGACCUUCCGACAGCGGGUCGUCAAGGAAAAGAAAGAGGAGGUAUUCAAGGCGGAUGGACGUUACACCUUUCUUAUCCCUGUUGAGUUGGGUUUCAAGCCAACCCCGAGGCCAGAAAAGGUUGAUCGCGUGGUAAUCGACGGUCACGUGAUACCUAACCACGUCCUCUUCACAGCACCCACACCUGACAAUGUACCCUACGAGACUCUUGCGUUCACGGACAAUGUCAAGGUCACCAUUAGCUUCCGCAAGGAACACGACAAAGUAUACGUCGAGUCCAAUACACUCGUGGGCGACCCUAGCCACCCCACAGGGGUUGUGUUGGCAGAAAUAGUGAAGGCAAACAUCCCCGUGCGCAACGGGGUGGUGCACCUGAUCCAACGGCCACUUAUGGUCGUCGACACCACCGUGAAGGACUUCCUUGAGGAAAAGGAGGACGGACCGGUGUACAAGUUUUACGAGACAUUGCGCGACUUCGGCGACGACAUCAUGACCACCAUUAAUCAUCUGCGCGACGUCACCCUGUUCGCGCCCAGCAAUGCCGCGUUGGAGGAGCCGGGCGUGCAGCAGAUACUUCAGGACAAGAAACGCAUCACAGAGAUCCUGAACCUUCACUACGUCAAGGAGCGGCUGCCCCUCGACAAGAUCAAGAACAAGAGCGUCAGCCAGAAAUCCUCGAUCGGGAAGUCACACCUUGGGGUGCCCACGGCGGCGGACCGGAAGAGACUCUACUUCAACGUAGUUCAAGGGCCCAGCGGAAACCAGACAGUGACCGUCGAAGGCGGGGGCGUGAACGCGACCGUGGUCACAGCGAAUAUUGCCGCCACGAAUGGAAUCAUUCACAUCAUCGACAGGGUCCUGGGUGUUCCUUACACGACUGUGUUGGAGAAGCUUAAGACCGAUCCCAUGCUCAACACCACUUACUUGCUCGGCCAACGACAAGGGUUCAACAACAUGCUCAACGACACGACCAAGCGUUUCACUUACUUCGCCCCGCGCGAUACCGCCUGGUACAUGGCGAAGAUCAGCUUCCCGUCUACCUACAAGAAGCUCUUCAUGCCUGAAUUCAGUUAUCACACGACGCAAAUUCUGGAACGACAUCUGGUGGUAGGUAGCGAGGCGUACACCAUGGCCAAGCUGAAGGAGAUGAUGCACAACGACACCAUCGUCCUUCCCUCUAUCAGGGACAAUCUGAAGCUUCGCGUUAGAGAGUACAGCGAGAAUGACAAGCACGACGAAAACGCGAUCCGUCCAGAAAUUUUCGGCUACCAGAUCGAGUGGGAGGGCAACUGGAUCCGCGUGUUCCGGCCUGACGUCGAGUGCACCAACGGCAUCAUCCACGUGAUCGACUCGGUGUUCCUGAAGGACAGCGACGUGAGGGUGAAGGGCAGCACCGCGUCGGGCGUCAGCCUGGCGCCGCAUCUGAUCAUGAUCCUGGUGGCCAAGUGGCUGCUUUAAGGGCGUGUAUGUCGAGUCUAUCAUAGGUGCACCUAGGAAUUUAUUUCGGGACCGUCACCGAUCGGACCUCUCGUCCAGGCGAGCGAAGUGCGCGAGAAUCGGACUCGAGACCACUUGAGCAUGAGGACGCGGGUCUUUCGGGGUCGAGUCAUCCCCAAAACGACCCCGAAGAGUCCCAGGAGUUCGCGUUCACCGUGACGCGACAGCCGUAAACUCUGCGCUCGAGAGUUUGGUUUUCGUUCUCCACCCAUACCCUGAAAAGGCUCGCUCGAGUGCAUUCCCUGACGAGAAUCGACGGUGUUCGAAUGAUCGGGGACGAUCCUGAUCGAAGCGAGAGGCUCUUGGGCGGAUCUCUACUGGUGCGUCACGGAUUGGAUAGCGGUCAACCCUACCUGACGUUUCAGCGGUUUCAGAGUCGAAUGGAUUCAACUUGUACCGACUAGCUGUUAGGUCGAUGGUUAAUCCGUUGAUUCGAGGGUUUAUCGUAUCGAUACGACCGGUCAGGUCUCGCGCGUCCUAAACGUCCACACGGGAGUCCGGUCUCCGCGCAAGAGAGAAGAGAACAAAAGACAUUCGAAGCAGUGACGAUCGCGCGGCGGGACAGUUUCGCGGGUCAGAGACGCCAUUGAUCGUACCAAAUAAUUAAUCAACCGUACCAAGUAAUUUAGAGAUACCCACGAACGAGGGGACGAACACGGAGGCAGAGCGGAGAUUUCGGGGUACCGUCUUCGAGUACAAGGGCGAAUGAGAGAUACGGAGGAUGUUCCGAUGUUAACGACCCAGAGGCUACCACGAAAAAGUUCAAGGUCGCGUCCUUUCCAUGCUGAUUGUUCUAGCGGUAACACAAACGUAGAGCAAAUGUCCCGCGUCUGCGCUAGUUCGAAUCGAACGCCGUCGAUAUUCAGGCCAUAACUAUCAUACAAGUACGUCUCGCCUAAUUGUGGUAUACUUCGAUUUCAUUGACAAUGAUGAGCUAUAGUUCUGUAUGCGUGUGUUGCGCGAGCGUGUGUUUGUGUGCGUGUGGGUGUGUAUGCGUGCGAGGGUCAUUUCUGUCCGCUCGACGAAUCGCGUCGCGAGGUAAUCUUGGAAUUCGAAUGGAAGUUUGGACCCUU